AUGUCCGGCAUUUACCAACAUUGCGGCUAUUCAAUCAAAGGGCGAUUUGAUCCAGCGAAGCAGUUAUCUCAAAUUCACGCGAUCAUCGCCCGAGAUCCCGCAGCCCUCAUCACGCAACUCGAGCUCAUUGAAUCGUUCUGCGCAUUUUCUGGGUUCAAGCUCAACCGCAACAAGACAAAACUGCUCACAAGCGCCCGCGAAAGCACUGGGUACCCUAGUGGCGCCGGGGAUGCAAGCGACGUCGCGCUUCGAUUACGCGAUCGCCAAUUCAUCGAUCGGCUCGAGCUCUGGUCGCACCAAAUGCGGUCUCUAGUCGGCAAGCAGCAAACGGCCCUCAUCGAUCGUCUCAUGCUUCAGUUCCUUCACGAUGAGUCGAUCUAA